UUUUCUUUUGCAUCGAUGAUUGUUUGCGCUUUUCUUUGGUUAUUUGCUUAGAGGCGGACAGCGUAGUGGUUAACAGUUCUUGUAGAAUUACAUUAAACGCGCGAAAUUUAGUUACCGACAGGUCUAUCCGUGAGUUCUGUGUAUUAUAUUGAAACGAUUUAAGGCGGUCCGACAUACGCCUCUUCGUUUUACUAAAACUUGGUGGUGAUUCUACUAAUUUCUUCCCUCUGCGUCUGCACUAUGACCGUGCGAUGUUUAAUGGUGUCGAUAAGUUUGACCAUGUUCUUUCCCAGCUAAUCAUAGAUUGGAAUUGUUUCUGUAAUUCAAAAUUAUCGCGAUUAGUGGGUUAUUGUGGCUUUUUUUGAAAGGAAAAAUAGAUAUUUAUUUGUUGUGAUCCCGAAAUCAAGUUGAUUUGGUUGCGUUUUCAUCUCGAAAGCUUUUUCGCAACCCCGAAACAAUCUUCCGUAUAAUAAGUAUUAUCGGCUAUGCUUAAGCAUAGGGUAACUCCGCAGAGGCGUCGUCAUCAUUCCCAAGGAUCAGAGACGUCCUACGACUAUAAUUUAGAUGGUGGAAUAAUUGGCGGUCAGCUUCAUUACAGUGGUGAACACCAGCAACAGGGGGGUCACCAUUUCUUGCAACAACAGCAUCCCACCUCACAAUCGCUGUCUCCUAUUUCAACUUCGUCCAUAUCACCUUCAGCCAUGCCAUUCGGAUGUUUUGGCAACAAGUGGCCGUCAGGUAUCCUGUCGAAUUCUGCAUUUUCGUUGGAUCGGUCAAGAGGGCAACAGCAGCAUCCUUCGCGCCGCCUCAGUGAUGAUGAUGAGGCCGAUGAUUGUGAUGACGGUGGUGAAACACCAAAAACUCCGCGAAAAGGCAGUAGUCAUACAUCUUCAGCUGGAGGGAGCCCCCGUCAUGCUGUGACACCUGGAGCGGCAGCUACUUCUGCCUCAGAUUGUUCAGUUGCUGGUCAACCGCCUGAAAAUGCGUCAAGUGAGGUGAUGCGUCGAUGGAACUCGUUUCAUUCAACACAUGGUGAAUGUCAUCCAAAUCGUUUUCGACGUAAUCGUAAAUCUACAUCGCCUUCUAUUGAUGCGGGUCGAUUGAGGAAACUUUCUGCCAUAGCACAUCACCAUCAACAUCAAAGUAGUACACCUCCGCGUCACCGUUACGGUCGGCAUUCUGUACAGGACGAUUCACAAUUAACAACACCUAGAGCAUGGCAAUUACGACGUGGUAAAUCCUUAGCAGAGAAUACUCCAGCUGGGGGUAUAUCACCGGUUGAAGAAAUGACCCAUUUAAUGGUUCAACAGCAGGUGCAACAACAUAUGCAAGCUAAAAAUGUAUCAAAUUCAUCAAGUUUUAAUGCUUCUGUUUCGGAUGAUGGGAGUUUAACUGGUCAAGUCUCGCCAAAUUCGCAAACAAGUUUUGGGAAGCGCAAUGGCGGAAGUUGUCGACGACCCAGUGAGUGCUUCGUUCUCGAAACAUCUGAGAUGAUAGUGAUUGACUACCCUGAAAUUCAUCCACAAUAUAAUCUACCAUACCAAUAUAAACCUCGUCAACCACAACAGGUCAGUGCAGCUAAUCUAUGUUCUUCGUCUGUUGCUGUUGCUACAACUAGCAUUAUUGCUGCUGUCAAUACAUCGCCUGCAAAUCAAAAUCAAUCUUCAGUAUUAUCACCGCAAAAUCAUAUAAAUCAUCAUCAUCAAUAUCAUCAGCAUCAUUCAUUGCUUCAUCAACACUAUAAUCAAGCUGCAUUGUCUUUAACCACUAAGACAUCACCAACAGGUGGGGCAGGAGGUGUUGCCGGUGAAGGAUUGAAUGUUGUGGGGAUUGGUAGUUGCGGUAAUAAUACAACAAAUAGCGGAAGUUGUACACCAACAAGUGCUAGUGGAGGUGGAACCCAUAAGUCACAGGGAGGUGGUGGCUCUUCACAACCGCCCACACCAACGUCUUCGUCACAGCAAUAUCAUCAGCAGCAGCAGCAGCAUAAUAUCGGCGGGGGUGGUGGCGGAGGAGGAGGAGGAGGAGAAGGAGGAAGUGGAACUGCUGCAUCCUAUAUUCAAUAUCAGCAGCAUCAACUCCCGUCACUACCGUUACCUGUUCAUCAAAUCCAUCAUCGAAGUAGUACUCCGGGCGGUAUAGGUUGUGGAAACGAUCUUGCAGCAGCUAUUGGUGCAUUGAACCUUAACUAUCAUCAGCAUCGGGCCAGUGCUGGAUGUCUCACCCCGACCAUAACAACAACAGCAAUGGAUCAUCAUCAUUUACGCCAUACAAUGACCGGUUUCUCUGGUGGUAAUCGGCCCGAACUGUAUCAAAAGUGCAAUCGUGGAUCACAUUCAAGUGACACAAGUUCGGCCUAUAGCGGUAGUGACACCAUGACUUCAGUUCAUAGUUCAUCCUUAGAUGCAGAUGAGGUAGAUUUAAGCGGGCUCGUGGAAUCUGUUGUUGAUUCAGACGAGGAGGAUCUCGCUGAAAGUAUGGAUAGUCUCAAUGUUCGUGAUGCUGUUCGCGAUUGUUUGGAAAAGGAUCCAUCUGAACGUACUGAAGAUGAUAUUGAAACCCUCCUCGAUUUCACCCAAACUCUCAAAGCUUUCACCAAUAUGACGUUGGCCGUACGUCGUGCUCUUUGUUCUGUGAUGGUAUUCGCUGUAGUUGAUAAAGCGGGUACAAUGGUUAUGAGCGAUGGUGAAGAGCUCGAUUCGUGGAGUGUCCUUAUAAACGGUCAUGUUGAAAUUGAGCACAGCAAUGGUGAAAAAGAAGAGCUUCAAGUAGGCGAUAGCUUUGGUAUUUUGCCAACAAUGGAUAAGCUGUAUCAUCGCGGGGUAAUGCGGACAAAAUGUGAUGAUUGUCAAUUCGUGUGUAUAACACAAACCGACUAUUAUCGGAUACAGCAUCAAGGAGAGGAGAAUACAAAGCGUCACGAAGAGAAUGGACAGGUUGUUAUGGUAACAGAGCUCCGUUUAAGUGGGCCAGAUCCAGGUACGAGCCUUAGGCGCGGCCAUGUCGUGAUACGGGCGACUGUAGAGCGACUUCUGCUUCAAUUAAUUGAAGAAAAUUCCAUGACUGAUCCGACCUAUGUGGAGGACUUCUUGUUAACGCAUCGAACAUUUAUUGAUAACUCGCAGGAAGUCGCACAGCAACUGCUUACAUGGUUUGAAAAUGAGGAUGUCUCACCAUUACAAACUACUGCCACACCCACUGAAAUUCGGGAUCGAGUGACACGAGUGGUUCUUCUCUGGGUGAACAAUCAUUUCACUGAUUUCGAAACAGAUCCUCAAAUGAUGGGCUUCCUUGAGACAUUUGAAAGUGGCUUGGAAAAGAAAAACAUGUUUGGUCAGUUACGAUUGUUACAUAUUGCAUGUGCGGCCAAAGCCCGAACGAGGAAUGUUACUUUAACUAGAUCCUCACGCGAUGAAGAUCUUCACUUUACCAUUAUCGGUGGCUAUGAACACGGAGGCUACGGCAUAUUCAUAUCCAAAGUGGAGAAAAAAACUAAAGCCGAAGAUGUGGGCCUGAAAAGAGGCGAUCAAAUACUUGAAGUGAACGGUCAGAGUUUCGAGCAUGUCAAGUACAACCGAGCAAUGGAGAUCCUUAUGAGUUCAACCCAUUUGAGUAUAACAGUGAAAAGUAAUCUGCUGGCGUUUAAAGAAAUGCUCCAAGUGCCCGAUCAUAAUUCAUCAAGGCCCCGGCAAAAUCGUCGAAGAAUAUGCACGGAUAUAGCGAAGCUUGAUCCGAGAAGUGUAGUUGCCAGACUAUCCACCGUUGAACUACUCAACCCAUCGGGAUUGAUGAUAUCCUCAGAUCAAGUUGAUCACUGGGCAUCGCCCAUUCGCGAUAUAGGUACCAAAGAUCUCUCUUCAAGCACGGCUGGCUCGUUGGCCAUUACUACAAAUUCAUCAUCCUCGUCUGCGUCUUCAUCAUCUUCGUCACACAAAGGUUUCAUGACCCUUGGCCCGAAACGGCGAAUACAGAAGGCUCUCAUCAAAAUGAAUCUUUUACCAAAGAACUCAGUUGCUACACUCUCGGAUAGUGGUGGCGGGGGUAGUGGGAGUGUCGGCGGCGAUGUAGAAAACAUUGCGACCACACCCGCAGCCAGUAGCAGCUGUAGUGUAACAAACAACAAUUCGACUAAUAAUAAUAAUAAUAAUUUAAGCAUUAGCAAUAGUAAUAGCAGUAGUCAACAUCAACAAAAAAACCUUGCGAUAAACCAGCCGGUGAGUAGUGGAGCUGGACCACAAACGCUUCAGCAACAAUCACAACAGUCGCAACUCUAUCAUUCCCAUAGCAACCCGGACCUGACCACUAUUUACUAUGAGGAUACCCGACAAACUGACUAUCCGGAGCACGUUUUAAAAGUCUAUAAAUCCGAUCAAACAUGUAAAUAUCUGCUCAUCAACAAGGAGACUACAGCUCAUGAAGUGGUCAUGCUUGCCCUUCAAGAGUUCGGAAUCCACGAGACCAGCUCUAACUUUUCACUAUGCGAGGUAUCGGUCGGGGAAGGUGGCAUGAUCAAGCAGCGUCGUCUACCAGAUCAGCUUCAAAAUCUUGCCGAACGUAUUGGUCUUUGUUCGCGUUACUAUCUCAAAACAAAUGGGAUCACUGAGACUCUUGUACCUGAUGACUUAGCCCCGGAGUUAAUUCGGGAGGCAACUGUACACUUUCUACAGUUGAAUGCCAAUGAGGUGGCUAUACAAUUGACGUUCCAGGAUUUCGCUAUAUUCCGACAAAUUGAAUCGACUGAGUAUGUAGAUGAUCUGUUUGAGUUAAAAUCAAAAUAUGGUACGCCAAUGUUGAAACAAUUUGCUGAGUUGGUCAAUCGUGAGAUGUUCUGGGUUGUUACUGAGGUUUGUAGUGAACAUAAUAUGGUCCGACGAAUGAAGAUUGUCAAGCAGUUUAUAAAGAUUGCGAGACACUGUAAGGAAUGCCGCAAUUUCAACUCUAUGUUCGCCAUCAUUUCGGGACUAGGUCAUGCAGCUGUAUCACGUUUGCGACAAACAUGGGAAAAGCUUCCAACCAAAUAUCAAAAACUCUUCGCCGAUCUUCAAGAUUUAAUGGACCCUUCACGAAACAUGUCCAAAUAUCGACAACUUGUUCAAGCCGAGCUGCUUGUUCAGCAUCCAAUCAUACCUUUCUAUCCAGUCGUGAAAAAGGAUCUCACUUUUAUUCAUUUGGGUAAUGAUACGCAUGUUGAGAGUUUAAUUAACUUUGAAAAGUUAAGAAUGAUCGCGAAAGAAGUUCGCCUUUUAACCCAUAUGUGUAGUACGACAUUUGAUUUGUUGACAAUGUUGGAAUUCCAAGGACAUGUACCAAGUUCAGCGAUGGUAUCAUUGAAUCAAAUGUCAGUUUCCGCGGGAGUUGUGGGUGGGAGUAGUACAGGUGGCGGAAGCAAUAUGGGGCUGCACACGUUGCAUGGUCAGGCGACUGUGAAACGACGUAAGAAAUCCACGGCAGCUCCGAAUCCUAAAAAGAUGUUUGAGGAGGCUCAAAUGGUGCGGCGAGUUAAGGCGUAUCUGAAUAAUAUGAAAGUAACUACUGAUGAGGAUGCUCUACAUACAUUCUCGCUUGAAUGCGAGCCCAGCAGUGCAACUGGAGGCAAUACAACUGGUACUGGAGGCGGUGGUGGUACCGGAAGUGGUGGGGGAUCAGCUCCAAAUUCAGUGAUGAUACGCAAGCGACAUCCAUCCCCCACCCUUUCAACAACAAGUAGUACAAGUUCAACAAGCGAGGGCAAGAAAGGCGGUGGUAGCGGCAGCAUAGGGAGUCACGGUGGUCAGAAGUUUGGUGCAGCAUCGCCGCAAGCUGUUAAAAAGAUACUCGCGUUAUCUGAACAGACAAAAACUCGACCACAUCAACCUAGACAUGCUGGCAUACCUCUGCCAUUGGUUGGUCAUCCGUUACAUUUACCGUUACAUCAUUCAUCGGUUAGUCCGUCACCUUCUCCGGGGGCUCAUAGACGUAUGGGUUCUAGUAGCAGUGCAGGUUCUGUUUCAUAUUCUGGUCAUAGCUUUACACUAGCGGGUAACGGUAAUCACAGCUCAUCACAAGGAAAUGGUGCAAAUACUGGUAGCGGGAAUGGAGGACGUGCCGUACAUGAACGAUCCCAUUCUGAUACCCCAACACCGCUGCCUUCUGUUGAUCUUUCAGUGGAAAGUAGUAGUGUUACCUCGUUGAGUAAUCUACCGUUGCGUAAAACUAUUACAUCAGCAUCAGUUACAUCAAGUGAUAGUGGUCAUGGUUCAUGCGUUCAAGCUGAUACACAUUCGAAUUGUUCGGAAGGUAGUAGUAGUGGUGGUUUAUAUCACGUAGCAUCAUCAAUUGUUCACAAUUCACCAUCACCGACAUUACAACAGCGUCGUCAUUCAGCUGCUCAUGGGCACGGUCUUAUGAUGGCACCACCAGCCCCUAAAGGGCCACCACGUCAUCCACCAGCUUAUAAUGUAGCCGCACAAAUGGCUAGACUUCAACGAUUGGGACGGGCCCAUAGUCAUGAGGGUGUAACUUCAACAGCGUUAGCAGCGGGUGUUUGUAAUAUUGGCAGUGGAGGUGGAGGUUCAAUUGCUGGUAGCAUCAGUAGUGGUGGCGGCUAUUAUCAUCCUGAUCCCGGUGACGAAGAUGAUGACGAGGAUGCCCAAGUUUCAGCCGUUUAGAUAAUAAAAAUAGAUUUUUCUCCAUAUAACAGCAUGAGAAAAGCAUAAAUAGCAAAUCUAGAAGAUUAAAAUAGGCUUCAAUAUGUCCUUUGCGAAUGCACGUUUGCAACGCUAAAUGUUGACAAUUUUCCUGUUGUUUUCCGUGAAAAAUGGUUCUUCAUAAGGGGUUGUUGUAAGCCUAUUAUUAUUCUCUUCCUAUUUGUCUUUCUCAUUCGUGUGGACGAGGAUAGCGGGAUGAUGUGAGGUCAAUAAAAAACAAAUUUGUUGAUAUAUAAAUAUAUAUCGUUAAGGAUACCAACUAGGAAAUGAUGAAUCUUGUUGACUAGUGUUAAAUUUAGUAAAGAAAAACAAAAAAAGCAUUUUAAAACGAGAUAUAAAUUAAAUUUCUAUUCAAUGUUCAAAAAAAAAAGAAGAAGAAAAAAGGCUUUAUUCACAUAUAUAUAUUCCGAAUAUUUUAUUUAUGUUUUUUUCAUCAGUAAAAUUGCUAUAAACAUGGAAGAAUAGUCGAGGGCAAGGACGAUGAUGAGAUAAAUUACAAAUUAUACAAUAAAUGAGAAUUUUUCUCUCACAAUAGGCUCCACUAAAUAAAAAUCUCUUGAAUAUUUUAUUACGUAAUAUAUUAAUGUAUAGUUGUAAGCUAUUUUUCUCAUCCUUAAAAAACUGAUAAAAACAGAAAAAACCAAAAAUAAGUCAAGCUCAUAUGGCAAUGUGCUCUAGAUAAGAAUAAACAUACAUAUUUUCUGAAUGUUAUUUAAAGUGUAUAUGUAGUAUAUAUAGGAUAUAGUAUAUAUAGUGUACAUAUAAUAUAUAUACUAUAUAUUUAGUAUAUACAUAUAUUGUGUGUGUAUGUAUAGUUGAAUGGGUGGAAUGAAAAAAAAAGAAAUGCGUACUAAAAAGACAGGAAAAAUGCAAAAAGACACGAAUAUUUUACUUGAAGUCAAGAAUAUUUUUUUAAUUAUGAAAUUAAAUGAGAAAUCUCACUAUUUCAUGCUAAAGUUUUUAGUUACUACACGUUUGAGUGACAAAAAUAUUUCAAUUUUUUAAUGAAAAGACACAAUCAAAGAAAUGAGACUAAAAUCGUAACCAACAAAAAUGCCAAUUACUAAAGAUUAAUACCAUUGUAGUCAAAGAGAGAGAAAGUAUAUAACAAAACAAAAAAAAUAAAUACAAACAUAUCUUCCAUAGAGAGAAUCUCAUGCCAUCUGAUGGAAAUUUUGCAUCCAGUACUUUUUAUCAAUAUAUAUAUAUAUUUCUACAUUUGAAAUUUACAUAUAUGUAUACAAUUUUAAUCUAAUUGUCUCCCUGAAAAUGGAUUCAAAGUCAAACCCCAAUGGCUUUACAAGUUCAAACAAAUCUAUACUCUCUUUUUUUGUAGUUUCCAUAAUAGCAAAAAAAAAACAAAAAAUUAUAAUAAUAAAUCGAAUAUUCUUGUUUUCUCUUUGCGUUUAUUUGAAAUUGUUGAGUUACGGAGAAAUUCAUUCUUAAUUCUUUAUAAUACAUAGAUCUAAACAGAAAAAUCUCAUGCUCCCUAAACGGAACGAAUAAUAUGGAAUGGAAGAAAUAGUCGAGGAAAUGGACAAAAAUUAAAAAACAAUUCAAAGGGAAUCGUGUAAAUAUUUAUGGAUAAAUAUAUCAUCUAUUUAGGCAUGCAAAACUAAAAUGGCGUAGGAAAGAAGAAGAAGAAGAACGACCAUUAACCACGCCCAGCACUACAAUUUAGAAAGGGAAUGGAACGCAAUAUAUAUUACAGAAAUGGAAGAAGAACUUUUAAAAAACGCAGGAAAAGACUAACCUCAAAAGUAAUUAUUAAGACGUUUCUGAAAUAAAUGACUUUCUUUUCUUUUAAAGAGAUUAUAUGAUGGUAUCUGAAGACUAUGUAAAAAAAAAGAAGAAACAAAACAAAACUUUAGAAUCUUAUUUACACAUAUGUAACAUUAGCUCACCUAAAAAACGCAUAUACACAAAUUAGAAUAGUUAAAUGACGGAGAAAUAAGAAAAAUAUCCAAAUAACACAAAGUAUAUAUGAAACUAUACUGUAGACGAGAUUUUCCAUACAAGAAAAAAUCGAAAUAUGCAUAUAUGUAUAAAAUAUAUAUAAAAAUGAAAAAGAAACCAUUACAUAUAAAAAUCAAAUGAAAAUCCUAAAAAAAA